AUGUCUGAUUUGGCUGACAAGAUAGUUGUAGUUAUCAGAAAGAGACCAUUAGGAAAAAAAGAGCUGGCAAAAAAGGAUGAAGACAUUGUCGAUGUUUAGAGUGAUUAAAGUGUGAUUGUUAGAGAAGUGAAACAAAAGGUAGAUCUUACAAAAUAUGUUGAAGAACAUAUGUUUAACUUUGAUUUGGCAUUUGAUCAGAAUGCCUCAAAUUAAUAAGUUUAUUUGAAUGCAGUUCGACCAAUUAUAGAGGCAGCCUUUAAUAAGGCUCGUGUCACUUGUUUUGCUUAUGGGCAAACAGGGAGUGGUAAAACACACACCAUGUUGGGAGAUGUGGAAAAAUAAAUACCUGGAAUGUACAUUUUAGCAGCAAAUGACAUAUUUUAACUGCUACAAUAACCUGAAUUCCAGCAUUUGAUAGUAGGAGUUUCCUUUUUUGAAAUAUAUUGUGGCAAAUUAUUUGAUCUUUUAAAUUAGAGAGGGUAAAUCUAAAUUCGAGAAGAUGCAAAGGGAAAUGUCAAUUUAAUUAAUCUAAUGGAGAAGAGAGUGAACUCAGUUUAAUCCCUUAUGUAAAUCAUUACUUAAGGUUAAACUGUGAGAGUGACAGCUCAAAAUGGAGCCAAUAAUGAAUCAUCAAGAUCUCAUGCUAUAUUAUAAAUCAACUUAAGAGCAGGUAAAAAUGUUUUUGGCAAAUUGUCAUUCAUUGAUUUGGCUGGAAGUGAAAGAGGUGCCGAUGUUUAAGAUUCUAAUAAACAAACUAGGAUAGAUGGUGCUGAAAUUAAUAAGUCACUUUUAGCUUUAAAAGAAUGUAUAAGAGCGUUAGAUCUCAAUAAAAAUCACACUCCCUUCAGAGGAUCAAAACUUACAUUAGUUUUAAAAGAUAGUUUAACAGGUAAUUGUAAAACAGUUAUGAUUGGAAACAUAUCUCCAAGUUCAUCAAGUAGUGAGCAUACUCUUAAUACAUUAAGAUAUGCUGAUAGAGUAAAGGAACUUAAGAAACCCCAAGAUAAAUAGUUUUAAGGAGAUUACGUUUAAAGAGAGUUAAUGUUGGCUAGACAAAAUACUAAUGUUGUUAGAAAAGCAUAUAAGAAUCCAGAUGAUGAGGAUGAUGAAGAUAUAUCAUGCAAUUCAAUGAGUAAUUCAUUGUUUCCAUAAUAAUAACAGCAAUUUAUGUUUUAAUAAUAACAAUAAAUGUAAUAAUAAUAAUAGAUAAUGAUGUAAUAAUAAUAUCAAUCAAAUUAAUUUAUCUAUCAAUAAUAAUAAUAACAAUAAUAAUAAUUUAUUCCUUAAUAAUAACAAUAGCUCUAAUAACCAUUAUAAUAACAAUAGAAUGCUCCUAAAUUAUCAUAAAUACCUAAAAAUUCUUCGUAAUAAAACUCUAAUAAUAAUCUUCUUAACAGAUUUAAUUUAGGCUCAUUUCCUACUAUUAAUGGAGGCAGUUCUUCUAAUAUAAUGCCCAAUAAUUCCAGAUAAUAUACAUAAUAAAAUUUAUUAUAAUAAUAACCUUCAUGCAGCUCCAUAAUGACUGAAGUCCCUUAAUAACAACCUCAAUUAUUCCAAUAAUAAUCAUUUUAAUAAAAUAAAUCGUCACUCCUGUUCCCCUAACAACAGCAACAGUAUUGUUAGAAUAAUAAUAACCUUUUCUAAGAAAAUACAUAUGAAUAAGGAUAUUAAUAAUAACAAUCAAAUUAAUAGGCAUUAGAUGUUAGACAAGAUUCGAUGGUAGAGGAAGAAUUAUGCAUAAACAAUCCAAACUAUUUUAGUGUUACAGGAAGGUAUUCUUAAGAAUCCCAAUCCUCAAGACAAAGUUCCACAAGACCCUUAUAAGAGAUCAACAAUUAUGAAGGAUCUAAGUACUUUAAUAAUAGACAAUUCACAAAUAAUGAUUAUCAAUAUUAGUAACACAUUUUGAACGAGCACAAACAAACUAUUGACAAAAUUGUUGAAAUUACUAAAGAUGAAAUGAUCAAUUUGUAAUAAGUCUAAUCUCCAUAAGAUAUGUCACCAUAUGUCUCUAAAGUGAUGUUCUAGCUUUAAAACAAAAUGGAUUUGAUUGCUAAUUUACAUUAAAAGAUGAAGCAAUAUCAAAAAGAUUUUGAAACAAGAGGAAUGCCAUUCCAACCAAAUUCCCAUACUUUUAGUUUAUUUUAAUAAGAUGACAAUUUACUCAACAUCGAUGAUAAUGUGCUUUGA